GUCAAAUGGUGUUUCAUUUCAAACGGGUGCUGGAGUGCUAUACAACGUCUUUUGGCAAACCAAAAACAACUCUCGAUGACGUCGAUGCCUCCCUACAAACCGCUGACGGCGCCAUAAGUUACCUACUAGAUGUCAAAACUUCGAUGCCAAAAAGAAAAGAAAAACCAAACUAAAGGAAAACGGAAAAACCAUCGAAUUGAAUGAAAUCUGACAAAUAUCGAAUGAUAAGGGGGAAACCCAACUCAACAAAUAAUGGAACAGGGUUUUAUUGUUUUCCAAAACGUUUUCCUAAGGCUUUGCUAAGGCAUUGCUGAGAAUAGUCGAUUGUCAAUCCUUUUGUGUGUUAGUUACGCCACGAGCACGUGAAUGGUAAAAAAACAACAUGGUCGAAUAGAACAGGAAAUUAAGAAAAGUGAAAAAUAAAGAAAAAAUAGUAGACGGAAAAAAUAUUGAAAAAAUUGAAGAAAAAAAUCUAUUAUGGUUCAAAUUCAGGAAAUCCAUUUACUGUUUUCCUUUUAAGUUUUUUGUGUGUAUGUAAAAAAAAGAUUUGCCAACAUCCUUUGCUUUUGGUGUCUGAUGCUACCUGUGUUCAAAACAAAGUCGUUUUUCUUUUCUUUUGCCAAGUCAAGACAAAAAUCUAGAGUAUCCGUUUCCGGAAUACUAUAAACACAAAAGAUUUAUAUCACUUUAUAUGUGUCUUCUAUCGCCUGUUGCCUUAAGUGUGCUCGUAUGUGCACGCGCGCGUGUGUGUGUUUGUGUGUGUAAGUGAGUAAGAGUGUAAGAAAUGAAGAUAAAUUUAAAACGUGUCUAGAGUCCCGAAGACGGCCAUCAAGCAGGACAGGCACAUGGUUUGAAAGCAAAUAAAAUCCAUAGAGAAUGCUUUAAAAUGGAUUUAGGCGGUCGAGUGCAAUUCUUGCAGGCGCAAUUAUUCCCGGUGUGUCCGUUAACACCUUUGACACCUAAUGGAGGAAGAGGCUUCCUUGGUAGUUUUCUAUCAAAAGGCUUGAAAACCAAUCAAUUAGAAGUGAACACCGAUGAGAAAACCCUACGACCCAUAGCACGCCUCAAAGAGCCACGUGACCUAUUUGCCCUGCCCAAAGAUAAGGAUCAUGACUGCUCACAACAGGCCCCCAGAUGGCCGAUUGAAUGUCAGGUCAUUGAAGAACGUAUCGCCCACAUUCCGACAGUACCCACACAACCCGAACCAUUUUAUCAGCCGACCGGCAAGGAAUUGAAACCCAACCCUGUGGGUGAGGAAAAUGGCAUUGUUGUCUUCAAUUACAAUCCCAUAAGUGCGGUAAACUAUGACAAAACCAAUAAUCGUUCGUCCAACAAACAUCAAGAUGAUGAUUCCAGCGAUUCAGAUGUCUCCUCUUGUGAGUCUCAAGGUUCCACACCCGAUAUGAAGACUUCCUCCAAGAGAUUGCAAAAGAAUGCCAAUAUCAUCACUCAAAUGUUGACAACAUUGGAGCAGAGAUCCUCAAGCAACUCAAAUGGCGAGGAUGAUGAUGAUGAAGAUGACACCGACAAUGAUGAGGAGGUUGAUGCCGAUGAAAGUGGUGACAGAUCAUUACGCAGUGAGGCUGACAAGAAGCCCACAACAUGGGCUGAUGAAAAUCCCAUAACAGAAGAACAAAUCGAUGAUAUAUGGGCCAAUAAAUCACCCGAGUACAGAGCUGCCACACCCACCUAUAUACGCAAUCAAUUUGGAAAAGAUGUUAUAGCACAAAAAUAUGGCAAGGUUGGAAGCAAUGAUUUGCCCAUGGGCUUUGAAGAAAAAUUAAUCGCUGGCUUGCAAGUGGUGCUUAGUAAUAGGGCCUCCUCGACUUUAGUUGAAGGCAAUACAGACCGGAAUGAAGAUGGUCAUCAUCAUCCUCCUUUCUAUACUGUUUCCAAUCAAUUUGAUAUGCAAGAAGCUGAAAAUUCCUUUACCUCUGAAUAUGCCAAAUUAAAAGCAAAUCCUAUAUUCAAUCCUGAUAUGUCCCUGAAUCUCCAAGAAUUGGCCCGACCCAGAGAUGAUCCCAACAACGAUGUAAAUAAUUGGACAAAAGCCAAAAACCCCAAAAGAGAUCCAUGUCCCUCUUGCUCCACAACCACCAUAGCCUUAAAUGGCGGCAUAGAGAAUAGAUUUUCCUUUUCCUUAAAUCCCAAUGAAGACACUUUCCGCACAUCCUGCUCUUCCCCCAAGGCACCCUGUAGUUGUAGUCACAAUCAGAAUCAGAAUUUUAUUUCAAAUCAGUAUAAUAGCCAAGCAAAUGCAAAUGCAACUCAACAAGACUGUUCUCCUAGGAGCAAUGCCAAAGAUAAAUUAACUAAAUCUCAUUAUUUACCACAGUUUAGUCGUUCAGCGGUGGGUGGUUCGAAAUUUCUAACCAAUUGUCAUCCCUACAAUCCCGAGGAAUACGAUGGCCUGGAAUUCGAGUCACGUUUCGAGUCAGGAAAUUUGGCCAAAGCCGUGCAAAUAACACCGGCCUACUAUGAAUUAUAUCUGCGUCCCGAUUUGUAUACCAGUCGUUCGAGGCAAUGGUUCUAUUUUCGGGUGCGCAAAACGAAAAGGAAUAUGUUGUACAGAUUUUCCAUUGUGAAUUUAAUCAAAUCGGAUAGUUUGUACAAUGAUGGCAUGCGCCCUCUCAUGUAUUCCACCCAUAAUGCCAAAACAAAGAACGAGGGUUGGGUGCGUUGUGGUGACAACAUCUGUUACUAUCGCAAUGACGAUGACAACCAACCCAGUGAGGAGGAGGAGGAUAACUCAUCCUAUACCCUAACAUUUAAUGUUGAAUUUCAGAAUGACAACGAUACCGUUUACUUUGCACACAGUUAUCCAUACACCUACAGUGAUUUGCAGGAUUAUUUAAUGGAAAUACAAAAGAAUCCAACCAAAUCGAAAUUCUGCAAAUUAAGACUGCUGUGUCGCACAUUGGCCGGCAACAAUGUCUACUAUUUGACCGUUACAACUCCGGCGGCAACAGAGGAAUUAAUGAAGCGAAAAAAAUCCAUCGUCAUAUCGGCACGUGUUCAUCCAAGCGAAACACCAUCGUCAUGGAUGAUGAAGGGUUUGAUGGAUUUCAUAACGGGCGAUUCGUCGGUGGCCAAACGUUUGCGUCACAAAUUCAUCUUCAAACUGAUACCGAUGCUCAAUCCAGACGGUGUCAUAGUGGGCAACUCACGUAACUCGCUGACUGGCAAAGAUUUGAAUCGUCAAUAUCGCACGGUUAUACGUGAAACCUAUCCAUCCAUAUGGUAUACCAAAGCUUUAAUUAAAAGACUGAUUGAUGAAUGUGGCGUUUCCAUGUACUGUGAUAUGCACGCACACUCUCGCCGGCACAACAUUUUCAUUUAUGGCUGUGAGAAUAAACGUAACCCGGAAAAGAAGCUUACCGAACAAGUUUUUCCACUCAUGUUACACAAAAACGUAGCAGAUAAGUUUUCCUUUGAAAAUUGUAAAUUUAAAAUCCAACGCAGCAAAGAGGGCACGGGGCGCAUUGUGGUCUGGAUGCUGGGCAUCACAAACAGCUAUACCAUAGAAGCAUCUUUUGGUGGUUCGCUGCUGGGAUCACGCAAAGGAACGCACUUUACAACACAGGAUUAUGAACACAUGGGUCGUGCAUUUUGUGAAACAUUGCUGGACUAUUGCGAUGACAAUCCGAACAAAGUAAAAAGAAAUGCUAAAUUAUUGAAACGUAUCAAAAAGAUACGUAAACGUGAGAAACGCGAACAGAAGGCAUUGAAAUUAAAGAAAUUGGCCGAACAGGAAUGUUUGAGACUGAAGAUCAUAGAACGUCUGCUGAAAGAAGGAUCAAGUGCCGAAGAGCCCAUAAAUAUACCAUUAUCGGAUUACUCAAGUGAUGAAGGCAGCAGUUCCAGUUCCGACAAUGAAGGCAAAGGAUCUUCAUCUAAAGAUUUUUCAGAUCUUGAGGGUCCCUGUUGUCAUCCGCUGAAAGCUCCACCCUGUUCGCCAGAAUUGGAUAUAGAAUCGAGAAAACCUCACAAACUCAAGGUGCGCUGUAAAUCUCUGCAUCGCCGCAAGAAAGAGGAACGUCUGCUAUUGGAUUUACCCACUACAGAUCCUGGUUCAGAUUUGGUAUUUUCAACCGAUGAUGAAUACAUCAUCGAUUCAAAUGGAAUACAAUGCUAUGGCACCAUGCCAAGGCACAUAAGACGAGGCCUUAUGCAAAGUGAACUGCAAAGACGUUACAUUGAAGAGAUGGGAGAUGGCCUAAGAAAUAUGCCGCCAGAAUUGAUCAUAACCUCACCCUCGAAUAAAAGUAAACAUGCACCAGUGAAGAUACUCUUUAAACCAACUACUAAGAAAUAUGUACCACCAAAAUCAGCCGAACUACCAUUGAUAGGUGGACCAGCGAGGAGGACAAGUUCAUGGCAUAACCUAAAUACAGCUUCACAAACGCCAGUAACACCACAAUGGUAUUCCAUGAAUAUGCCAAGGCAAUCGCAGUCACCUUCACCCAAGCCGGUGAUGAAGACGAAAACCAUUGCCAAAAAGGAACCCCUAAGCAAGGAAGACUUGGAUAUAAAAUUAUCGCUGAAAAAGAAGAUAUGGACUGGUAUACAACCCGAAGAUGGACUGCCCCAUAACGGUGUCGAUCGAAAUAAACCUCUCUCAUGGGUACCGCCACCACCACUUAAAACGCCCACCAAGAAAAAUGAGGGGCCAUCGUGUUCACACAACAAUACCAAAAGAUUGGAGAAUGAGGCAUUUUUGACAGCUUGCAGCCAAAAACUAUUGGAAUGGCAAAUGAUCAACUCCAAUGAGGGCGACGAAGAGACUACAGGUUUAGAUAAACCCACCAAACUGCCCUUGGCCUUAAUGAUGCCAGAACUGAAUGAAGAUCAUACCAUGAGAAUAUUCAAACAUUUGGCCCAAAUCAAAAAGCCACCAAAACCCAAGCUUGAAACUGAAACGAAAAUCAAACAAAAAAGAAAUGUCAUCACCAAGGUCAGCGAAACCACAAAUUUUAUAGCAAAACUUAGCAAAACUAAAACACGCACCAAUUUGGCCACAUCCCAUCGUGGAACGUUAGCGAAACAAACUGUGCCUGGCCUCAGUGGCAUUAGCCAACACAAGAGCCAGACACGCAAUCCCAAUAAAUUCAAGACAGGUGGCAUUGUGGCCACAGCCGUCCAACCGACCAAUACCAAAAAUAAGACUAAGAAGCUGAAAUCUUCGCAUAAAUUAAGUUCAGGACUGCAAGAUGCUGCCAUGCCCCCCUUGAAAAUAAAUGGCAAUAAUACCUCCAGUAGUGGUGGCGGCAUUGUUAUAGCCUCGACUGCCACCACAAUUGUGCGUAAAGUUAAGACAAAAUUGAAAAAGAAGAAAUCAUCACCGUCCCCGUCCACAAUAGUCGCUGCCAAUACUGCCUCCCUCAAAGAAAAUAACAGCACACUGACCACAGGCUAUGGUAACACAACGAAAAGCCUAUUAGGUGGCAGUUGUUCAUCGUAGGGGAUGGAUGAUGACACAGAUAACGGUGAAUAAGCAAAUGGUGGAUAAGAUUUAUGAAAUUGUUUAGCUAAAAAUAAUAAUAAAAUUUUUGUAUUAAUAA